GAUUGCGUGUCGGACAAGAAGCCGACGCCCACGCCGUCCUGCUGCUCUACCUGCUGCCACAAUGGAACACCGUAGCCCUAGCAAUGGCGAAGAGUUCGAGAGCGCCUGCUCCACCCCCUUCGCCAGCGCGCCUUCCAGCCCCGGCCGCGGCGGUUCAUCGUCCUCAGCCGCUGGCUUCUUCUUCAGCGCCCCAUCCAGCCCAAUGCACUACAUCCUCUCCGCGUCUUCCUCGCCCUUCUCUGCCUCGAACACCCCUUCUGAUCCCGUCUCCGUUGAUUUCUCCUUUGAUUUUGAGUUCUCCGCCCGCUUCCCCUCGCAUUCCACCGCGGCUUCUGCCGACGAACUCUUCCUCAACGGUCAGAUUCGGCCUAUGAAACUGUCUUCCCACCUCCAGCGCCAUCAGAGGCUCUCUCCGCUUCCGGAUCUCGGCGUAGAGGAGGGCGAGGACGACCAUGACAGCUGUGAGGUUGCGCAGAUGGACGUCCACAGGCGCGAUGUGAUGCUGCGGAGUAGGUCCGUGCAUCGGAGGACUAGAUCGCUGUCCCCGAUGCGAAAUCUACCGUUUCGCUGGCGGUCGGAUGAUGCGGUGAGGGGCGAGAGUGUUGAAGGCCGGGAGAAGACACCAGAUUCUAAGCAGAUCGAGUCAAGAGAAGCUCCGGCUCCGCCCGUCUCGGCGUCUUCCCGCUCCUCCUCGUCAUCCUCGACGUCCUCUUCGUCCUCCACGGGGCGUAGCUCAAAGCGGUGGAUUUUUCUGAAAGAUCUCCUCCACCGGAGCAAGAGCGAAAGGAGCGACCACGGAAAGGAGAAAUUCUGGCGUAGUAUCUCCUUUUCCGUCUCCAAAGACAGGCCAAAAUCCACACCGCCUUCAGAACCUGAGAUAACGCCACAGCCGGCGGAGUCCUCGUCAAAUCAAGAACAGGCGGCGACUCAACCGCCUCGGCGACAGAGACCCGUCAAUGGGCUGGGAGGACGGCGGAAGGCUGGGCCGUCAGCGCACGAGCGGCUCUACACGGCGAAUCGAGCGCAGGCAGAGGAGAUGCGACGUCGGACCUUCCUUCCGUACCGGCAGGGUCUCCUGGGCUGCCUGUGGUUUAGUUCCAGAAGCUACGGCGCCAUUAACGGGUUCGCUCGCUCUCUCAGCCCCGUUUCCUCGAGGUGGGAUGCUAGAGGCGGAUGAACAGAGGCAAUAGGCGACAAAGUUGGGUGUUCUUGUGAAGAAAAUAGGGGUCGUUGCUUUUGUUCAAGAUAUAAGAGGCAAUGGGCGACAACCUUGAGCAUUCUUGCAUCAAACAUAGGAGGCACGAUGCGUUUGUCCAAGAUAGUUUGGCAUUCUUGCAGAGAAGCCGGAAGGGCGAAGUUGCAUUUGUUCAAAUUAAGCUCGAGAGAGGACAUAAAGAUAUGGGAGGAACCUGCUGGCUAUCAAGCGCGCUCGUGGAAAAGAAUGAGAUCCACUGUGUGUUCGAAGCUGAAGCUCUUGUUGGUGGCGGCAUCUUCUUGUGCUAGACUAAGCGAAGAGAGGAAUGCGAGAGGACUGGAUCUUAUGGGAUUUAUUAUUUAGGUUAAAAUUUCUUGAAAUGACUUUCUGGUAUUGUUGGUUUGUUGUGUUACACGGCGGAAUAACUUUCCUCAGGCGCCGUAGAUUUGGCCUAUGUAACCCGCUGUAUUUUGACAAAUUCAACCGACGUGGUCCUGCUAAAAUUGGAAAUGAUCUGCAUAUAAGCUGUAAUCCGCAGAUUCAAUGAUAUGUAAUUCAAUAA